UCUUCUUCUUCUUCGUCUUCCCCGUUGCGUCGUCUCAUAUUCUGACCGUCGACGGACGCGAGCGUGCACGCGUGAGCGAGCGAGGAGGCCGAGCUCGACCGCGGUGUCUCGACGUGGUACAUUCACCCGGAGGAGCGCGCGACAAGGUGGAAUUGACCUCUGGAUUUAGCAGCAAUUGUACAAUAGCAACAAUUUCCUGCCUGGCUUCUCCCCGUCGUCUCACCUCCGCGAGCGCCGCGUUCACCAGGGUCUUGACAACGGACUCGAGAUAACGCAAACGCGCGCAAGAGUGUCUCAAUUUUCGAACACGAUGCCUUGAAAUGAUAAUUCCCACGUGAUCGUUUUGCGAGGUUUCUGAAGUACUUAAGUACACUUGAUCGCCGCAGACUGUUUACCGCUCGUUAUCGAUGUAACUCGCAGGCUUGACACAUAAGAGCAGAACGAUUCAUUAAAGAAAGGUGCACAUCUUUACCUCCAUCAGUUCUAGGCUUUUGUUGUGAUUUGGAGUAUUCGGAAGUUUUCUAUAUUUCUGGGCAAAACCUAGAGCUUCAUCAACAACACCAGCGAUAUUUCAUUAGUCAAGAAUGGCGAUGCAGAAGAUGAGAAGGCAAGGGCAAGACGUUAUGCAGGUGAAUCUAGCAGGUAUUAGGCGAGAUAUUAUGAAUCUUGCCCACAAUUACAGCAAUGCUCAGAAAGCUGUACGAAAAGCUACUAGCAAUGACCCUUGGGGUCCAAGUAGUACACUUAUGGCAGAAAUUGCCGACUUGACAUACAAUGUUGUAGCAUUUACGGAAAUUAUGCAAAUGUUAUGGAAAAGAUUGAAUGAUCAUGGGAAAAAUUGGCGACAUGUAUACAAAGCCUUAGUUCUCUUAGAAUAUCUUAUCAAAACAGGAAGUGAAAAAGUAGCGCAACAGUGCAAAGAGAAUAUUUUUGCCAUCCAAACCUUAAAAGAUUUUCAAUACAUGGAUGGGCAUAAAGAUCAAGGAAUUAAUGUACGGGAAAAAGCAAAACAAUUAGUGGCCUUAUUAAAAGAUGACGAGAGAUUGAGAAAUGAGCGAGCUAGAGCAUUGAAGGCAAAAGAGAGAUUUGCACAAUCGGUUAGUGGUUUUGGAAGUGACGGUCUGGAUACUAUGUCACCUGUUAGCAGUGAUUUUCAAGAUUGGGAACCUUGUCAUUUAUCUGAAUCAUCGGCUAGACGUGCAACGGAAUUGGAAGCCGCAAGACCGCAAACGGUAGGAGAAGAAGAAUUACAACUACAACUGGCCUUGGCUAUGUCUAGAGAAGAAGCAGAACAAGAAGAACAAAGAAGACGCAGCGAUGACGUCAGAUUGCAGUUAGCCCUCAGUCAAAGUCAACAGGAUUUUAAAGCUCCGCAAUCUGAAAAACAAAGUCAUAUGUUGGAUUUACUCGAUGUAAAUUUAGGAGAAGCAAGCGGUUCUUCAGUACAAACUGAUCCUUGGGGUAUCCCGAUAACAGCACCACCGCCUAGACCACAGCCACAGAACGAUCCGUGGAGUGUUCCAACAGCAAGUACCACGUCACCCGCGAUAGACCCGUGGACGCCUGUUCCUCCACAAAGACCAAGAUCCUCAGCUGCCACUAUUGAUCCAUGGCGUGCACCUGCUCCAUCUCCUGCUACAGUCGCAUCUCCACCUCGUACCAACGACCCUUGGUCACCAGUUCCGUCUACUACCACUACCGAAUCGGAGACGAAUAAACAGGGAGCUCAAGAUGCCGUAACAUCUUCAUCACCAUCUUUCAACAAUUCAAACUUGACACAUAACAUCGGCUUCGCGAUAUCGUCGUCUCAAAAUAUAGGUUUCAAUUUGCCACCAGUAUCUUCAGCCGCUACUACCUUCAACACUAGCAAUGGUUUCAACGGAACCGGGCCAGGUUUCAAUAAUUUUUCUACUCAAAACAACGGCGCUGCAACGAGUCCCCUCAGCGAUUUAGAUGAAUUUGACGUAAUUACUAACAGAGGAAAACUUGGAGCGAGUCCGCAGACGGUGAACAACGGUGGUACGGCAUCAUCAGGAGGAGAUCCUUUCGAUUUGGGUGGCAUGGCUGAAACUCUUCCUGCCAGUACCGGUGCUGUGAAAAAAACACCACAAUCCUUUUUAGGAGAGAACUCUGCGCUUGUUAAUUUAGAUAAUCUUGUCAGCGCUACGGCAAUUAAGCCAUCAGCUCCUGCGCCAGCGGCAACCAUGUCAUAUUCAGCAAAUCCAUUUGCAACUGUGACGCCACCACCCCGUCCUUCAAUCAAUCAGAUUCGACAGGAUCCAUGGACAGCGAAUACAACUACGGCUAAUCCGUUCCUCUCGUAGCCUGAUCGAUCAAUCGAAAACUUUGUAAUUACUGCGUUCCUCGAAACGUGAUUCGCAGUUUUACAUGUACUAUUACGGUAUAGAUUUCGGUUAACGGUCGAAAGAGAUAUGAUUUUACUUAUAGCAAUUAUGGGCAGGGACAGAUGUGAAUAAGACCAAUAAGAAGACGGAGAAAACAUCCCCAUCAAUGAAAUUUUAUUAAUAGUUUGAAAAACACAUUACUUUUCGACAAACUGUAUA